CGUUUAAGCGGCGUCAGCGCCUGCGAGGACCCUGGGAGAGCAAGCCACGGAGAGAUAAAAAUAGAACUGGAAGCCACCAUGGGAGAUGAAGAUUGGGAAGCAGAAAUAAUCAAACCUCAUAUGUCUUCCUAUGUUCCUGUUUUCGAGAAGGAUAGGUAUUCUUCUGGAGCAAAUGGAGACACUUUUAACAGGACUCCAGCUUCAUCAUCAGAAAUGGAUGAUGGACCUUCUCGAAGAGAUCAUUUCAUGAGAAGCGGAUUUGCCUCUGGGAGGAGUAUGGGAAACAGAGAUGCUGGCGAAUCUAAUAAAAAAGAGAAUACAUCCACAAUGGGUGGUUUUGGAGUUGGAAAGAGUUUUGGAAACAGAGGUUUUUCAAAUAACAAGUUUGAAGAAGGUGAUAGCUCUGAUUUCUGGAGAGAAUCUAAUAAUGACUGUGAAGAUAAUCAAACACGGAGCAGAGGGUUUUCCAAGAGAGGCGGCUAUCAAGAUGGAAAUGAUUCAGAAGCUUCAGGGUCAUCCAGAAGAGGUGGAAGAGGUAGUUUCCGAGGUUGCCGUGGAGGAUUUGGUCUAGGAAGUCCAAAUAGUGAAUAUGAACAAGAUGAAGGAACACAGCGCACUGGUGGCCUUUUUGGUUCUAGAAGACCAGCAUUAAGUGGCGCAGGUAAUGGUGACACUUACCAAAGCAGAAGUGGCAGUGGAAGUGGACGAGGUGGUUACAAAGGUUUAAAUGAAGAAGUAGUAACAGGCUCUGGAAAAAAUUCUUGGAAGUCAGAAGCUGAAGGAGGAGAAAGUGGUGAUACUCAAGGACCAAAGGUGACCUACAUACCACCUCCUCCACCUGAGGAUGAGGACUCCAUCUUUGCACAUUAUCAGACAGGCAUAAACUUUGACAAAUAUGAUACUAUUCUUGUAGAAGUAUCUGGACAUGAUGCACCACCAGCAAUUCUGAAUUUUGAGGAAGCUAAUCUCUGUCAGACACUGAAUAACAACAUUGCUAAAGCUGGUUAUACUAAACUUACUCCUGUGCAAAAAUACAGUAUUCCUAUUAUAUUAGCAGGACGAGAUUUGAUGGCUUGUGCUCAGACAGGGUCUGGAAAGACUGCAGCUUUUCUCUUGCCAAUUUUGGCACAUAUGAUGCGUGAUGGAAUAACAGCCAGUCGUUUUAAAGAGCUGCAGGAACCAGAGUGCAUCAUUGUAGCACCAACUCGAGAACUGAUCAAUCAGAUCUAUCUGGAAGCCAGAAAGUUUUCUUUUGGGACCUGUGUAAGAGCUGUUGUUAUAUAUGGGGGAACCCAGUUGGGGCAUUCAAUUCGACAAAUAGUACAAGGUUGUAAUAUAUUAUGUGCUACUCCUGGGAGACUGAUGGAUAUCAUAGGUAAAGAAAAGAUUGGUCUCAGACAAGUCAAAUAUUUAGUUCUGGAUGAAGCUGAUCGCAUGCUGGAUAUGGGUUUUGGACCAGAAAUGAAGAAGUUAAUUUCUUGCCCUGGAAUGCCAUCAAAAGAAGAGCGGCAAACCCUUAUGUUUAGUGCAACUUUUCCGGAAGAAAUUCAAAGGUUGGCUGGGGAGUUUUUAAAGUCGAAUUAUUUGUUUGUUGCUGUUGGACAAGUGGGUGGAGCAUGUAGAGAUGUUCAGCAGACCAUUCUCCAAGUUGGCCAGUACUCCAAAAGAGAAAAACUUGUUGAAAUUCUACGAAACAUAGGUGAUGAAAGAACUAUGGUUUUUGUUGAGACUAAGAAAAAAGCAGAUUUUAUUGCUACUUUUCUUUGUCAAGAAAAAAUAUCAACAACAAGUAUUCAUGGUGACCGAGAACAGAGAGAGAGAGAGCAAGCUCUUGGAGAUUUUCGCUGUGGAAAGUGUCCAGUUCUUGUUGCUACUUCAGUAGCUGCCAGGGGGCUGGAUAUUGAAAAUGUUCAACAUGUUAUCAAUUUUGAUCUUCCUUCUACCAUUGAUGAAUAUGUACACCGAAUUGGACGUACUGGUCGUUGUGGAAAUACUGGCCAAGCUAUUUCCUUUUUUGAUCCUGAUUCAGAUAACCAUUUGGCACAGCCUUUAGUGAAAGUACUGUCAGAUGCCCAACAGGAUGUUCCUGCAUGGUUGGAAGAAAUUGCCUUUAGUACGUAUGUUCCUGGCUUCAGUGGUAGUAGCGCAAGAGGAAAUGUGUUUGCAUCAGUUGACACUAGAAAGGGCAAGAGCACUUUGAACACAGCAGGGUUUUCUUCUUCACAAGCUCCCAACCCAGUAGACGAUGAGUCAUGGGAUUAA